AUGCUUGCCAUCUUAUCAAUUUUACAGCAUGUAUUUGUAUAUAUGGAUGUUGUGAUUGGAGGCGAGGCAAUCGGGCAAAUGCUGUUUGAGCUCUUCUCAGAUCUGUGUCCAAAGACAUGUGAAAACUUUAAAGCCCUGUGUACUGGGGAGGCAGGCACCUCUCAAAGCCAAGUCAUGCUUUGCUAUAAAAACACCCUAUUUAGCAGAGUAGUGCCUAAUGUCUGGGUGCAGGGAGGAGAAAUUACAAAACAAAGCAAAGGGAAUCGUGGAGAGUCCAUUUAUGGUCCAACAUUUGCAGAUGAGAAUUUCUCUGUGUCUCACAACAAGCGAGGAAUCCUGGGCAUGGCCAACCAGGGUCCCCACACUAACAGCUCUCAGUUCUACAUUACACUACAGCCAGCCCUGUGGAUGGACAGAAAAUAUGUGGCCUUUGGGCAAGUGGUUGAAGGCACCGAUGUUCUCAGGAGACUAGAAGAGGUGCCCACUUAUAAUGAAAGGCCUAAGGAAGACUGCAAGAUAGUCACAUGUGGAUUGUUUAAUCCUUGAUUGACUGCGAUGGUCUAAGACUAAAAAAUGUUUCACCUGUGUCAUCUGUAGUCCACACUCCAUUUUUAGCGGUUUCCUGUACUCAUAACCUUUUGAUCAGAAACUUUUAGCCAUAUCAUUGCACAUAACCGUAUCAUUGGCAUGCACAUACUUUUCAACACUCAACAUGAGGUUUGAUGUUUGGUUCUGUUGUGUUCCAAGUUCAGACAUUUUUCCUGGACCUCUUUCAUCAACAAGGUGUUUUCGCUGACCUGUCCUUUAUGCAACAUUUUUUGUUUUCUGCGCCAAACUUAUAUUUGAUGUGAACGUUAAACAGAGAUCUUUACUAGUACAUGCAUUUGAUUGGCAACAUUUGCAGCAUUUGGUAGACACCCUUAUCCAGAGCGAUUUACAAUGAUCUUAUUCAUACAGUUGACCAGUUGAGGAUUAAGGGCCCAGCAGUGGCAUUUUAGCGAUGGUGGGAUUUGAACUCAUGACCUUUUGAUCAGAAGUCCGUCAUAACUUCUUUAACCACUGAGCUACCCCUUAUCACAAGUGACUGAGUCAAUAUACUAAUAGUCAAUAUUCCUUUUGAAUAAUAACUAAUCAAGUAAUAAGAAACUGUCCACACUGUGGCGUCCGAACAACAGCACUUUCUGCUCACUUGUAUUCUAGGAUUUGGUGGGCGUGGUUAGUGCUUCGGUGCGUCUCCUACGUAUUGUACGUAGCACCGCCCCAAUCCCCUUUCUCCAAAAAAAAAGCCUUGCGUCAGGACCGGAGGCGCGCGAGGGGGCAGUCCAGCGGCGUCUCGCCGCCGCUUUUCGUGGCAUUGAUCCUUACAAUAAAAGCAACAUUAAACCCCACUCCCACGUUAUCGGAGUUAAUACACUCGGGCUGCUCUGAUAUUCAUUUAUAUGUCAUGUAGAUCGGUGUGGGGUUUUGAUGAGUUUUCUUUAAUUUUUUGGUUGCACUCUCGCGUCUCAUUGAUUCUCUCGGACCAGUCCAAGUGCGAACUUCUCCCAAACUCGCGACGGAAAAAUCACGCCGCGACUCUGACUUGGUGAACAUCUACAGGAUCAGCAGAGGAGACCAUCAGC